GCUGGGGCUGGGGCUGGGGCCCGGGCCGGGUUUGGCCUGGGAGGCUUCGCUUCUGCACCUGCGGGAGCCCGGGGCAGGCUGACGGGGCCUCCGCUUGUUACUUUUGUUACCGCCGGGCGCCUGUCAUCGCCGGGGUUACUUUUGUUGCCGCGCUGGGAACGCCACGCUGUCGCAGUCCGGCCCCCUGUCGGGGAGCUGGGAUUUAUUUGGGAGCGUCCUUGCAGCCGAGCUGCCCGGGUUGUGGAGGGCCGGGAAGUGUCUGGAACUCCGAACCGUAGGCUCCGCAUGGAUUCUUCCCUUGGCACCCAGCACUGUUUGCGUUUGCGCCUGGCCAUGAUGGAGUGGGCAGUGAGAGAGCACGGAGGGGCUCGGCCAUGUCGCCGGGAGGGCAGCGGCCAGGCAGGCUGGACAGGGGGGCGGGGUCUGGCUCUGUCCCACAGGACGGUGUGAUCUCUGGGUGGGCUCUGACGGGCUUUCCUCACUGGGGUUCCUCAGGCCACUCAUGAAGCGGUGCUCAGAGGCCCUGACCAUCCUGCCAGGCGCCUGUGACCCCUGACCUCUUCCCUCUGCCUCCUGCUGUGGCUUCUGUCCACAAGCCCCUCCCCUUCCCCUUUAGACCCCUCAGGCCUCCCCAGCUGCCUGCGCUGGACCCUGGCGGGGCUGUUUCACUUUUUCCUGGGCAGUGUCAUGUAUGCACCUGUGGGCUGACUGUGUGGUCACAUCCAGUCAGGACCCAGCCUCCAGAAGUGACCCAGGGAGGCUCCCGCUGGCCCCAGGAAGGAGAAGUAGAAACUGAUGGCCAGGUGGGGCGAGAGAAUCACACCAGCAGCCCUGUUGAGAAAUCAGGCUGAGAGGCCGAUGGCGGUGGCUCAGGCCUGUAAUCCCAGCACUUUCGGAGGCCUGGGCAGUCGGAUCACCAGAGGUCUGGAGUCCAAGAUUAGCCUGGCCAACAAGUCCAGAAUGACAGGGUCCCGAAACUGGCGAGCCACGAGGGACAUGUGUAGGUACCGGCACAACUACCCGGAUUUGGUGGAACGAGACUGCAAUGGGGACACACCAAACCUGAGUUUCUACAGAAAUGAGAUCCGCUUCCUGCCCAACGGCUGUUUCAUUGAGGACAUUCUUCAGAACUGGAGGGACAACUAUGACCUCCUUGAGGACAAUCACUCCUACAUCCAGUGGCUGUUUCCUCUGCGAGAACCGGGAGUGAACUGGCAUGCCAAGCCCCUCACGCUCAGGGAGGUGGAGGUGUUUAAAAGCUCCCAGGAGAUCCAGGAGCGGCUUGUCCGGGCCUACGAGCUCAUGCUGGGCUUCUACGGGAUCCGGCUGGAGGACCGAGGCACGGGCACCGUGGGCCGAGCACAGAACUACCAGAAGCGCUUCCAGAACCUGAACUGGCGCAGCCACAACAACCUCCGCAUCACACGCAUCCUCAAGUCGCUGGGUGAGCUUGGCCUCGAGCACUUCCAGGCGCCGCUGGUCCGCUUCUUCCUGGAGGAGACGCUGGUGCGGCGGGAGCUGCCGGGUGUGCGGCAGAGUGCCCUGGACUACUUCCUGUUCGCUGUACGCUGCCGACACCAGCGCCGCCAGCUGGUGCACUUUGCCUGGGAGCACUUCCGGCCCCGCUGCAAGUUCGUCUGGGGGCCCCAAGACAAGCUGCGGAGGUUCAAGCCCAGCUCUCUGCCCCGUCCGCUGGAGGGCUCCAGGAAGGUGCAGGAAGGAAGCCCCAGGGACCCCGACCAUGAGGCCAGCACCCAGGGUCGGACCUGUGGGCCAGAGCAUAGCAAGGGCGGGGGCAGGGUGGACGAGGGGCCCCAGCCACGGAGUGUGGAGUCCCAGGAUGCGGGACCCCUGGAGAGGAGCCAGGGGGAUGAGGCAGGGGGCCACGGGGAAGAUGGGCCGGAGCCCCUAAGCCCCAAAGAGAGCAAGAAGAGGAAGCUGGAGCUGAGCCGGCGGGAGCAGCCACCCACAGAGCCAGGCCCUCAGAGUGCCUCAGAGGUUGAGAAGAUCGCUCUGAACUUGGAGGGGUGUGCCCUCAGCCAGGGCAGCCUCAGGACGGGGACCCAAGAAGUGGGCGGUCAGGACCCCGGGGAGGCAGUGCAGCCCUGUCACCAACCCCUGGGAGCCAGGGUGGCCGACAAGGUGAGGAAGCGGAGGAAGGUGGAUGAGGGUGCUGGGGACAGUGCUGCGGUGGCCAGUGGUGGUGCCCAGACCUUGGCCCUUGCCAGGUCCCCUGCCCCAUCGGGGCAUCCCAAGGCUGGGCACAGUGAGAAUGGGGUUGAGGAGGACACAGAAGGUCGAACGGGGCCCAAAGAAGGUACCCCUGGGAGCCCAUUGGAGACCCCAGGCCCCAGCCCAGCAGGACCUGCAGGGGAUGAGCCGGCCGAGAGCCCAUCAGAGACCCCAGGCCCCAGCCCAGCAGGACCUGCAGGGGACGAGCCAGCCAAGGCAGGGGAGGCAGCAGAGGUGCAGGACGCAGAGGUGGAGCCUUCUGCCAAAUCUGGGAAGCCUUAAGGAAAGGAGUGCCCAUCGGCGUCUUGGCCCUCCUGGCCCUGCUGCAGGGGCCGGGGCCUCCGGAGCCGCUGCGGGCUCCCCUCAGGCUCUGCUCCGUGACCCGUGACCCACAGUGAUGGCCACUAUAGCAGCCACCAGAAGCUGCAAGGCCCUCAGGGAAGGCCAAGGCCUGCAGAAGCCUCCUGGCCUGGCUGUGUCUUCCCCACCCAGCUCUCCCCUGCGCCCCUGUCUUUGUAAAUUGACCCUUCUGGUGGGGGCUGUGGGCAGGGCUGCUUUUCUUAGUCUGGUGCCAAGCAAGGCCUUUUCUGAAUAAACUCGUUUGACUUUGA